AUGUCGCAGUGUGAUAGUCAGAAGAUAAAGCUGAAGAGAAAUGUUUUUACUCCAGAAGAAGAUGUUCACUUGCAGAGCCUUGUGCAGAUAUAUUCAACAGAUUGGAAAACAAUUUCUUCAAUAAUGGGAACAAGGUCUCCAAGACAAUGCAGAGAGAGAUACCUCAAUUAUCUAGCUCCUGGUUUAGCUAAUGACAAGUGGACUCCUCAAGAAGAUCAGCUUUUGAUCGAAAAACAAAAAUUAUUUGGCAAAAAAUGGAUACACAUAGCUAAAUUCUUCCCACAUCGUUCAUCUGCAAAUAUUAAAAACAGAUGGUCUCAAUUAGUGAGCAAAGGAGUUGCAAUUGCCCAACAAUUUCACCUUAUUCCCAAAAAACAUCAAGAAGAAUCCGAGCCCGAGUCUGAAAAAACCAUAUAUGCCAUAAGCGAAGUUGAUCCCUCCAGAAAUACACAGAAACCUGCUUUUCAUGGAUUUUCCUUACCUUCAAUUCAUGAAUUUGUUAGAGAUAAUGGAAUCUCGAAUUUUCUUAACAUCAAUUUCUUGAAAUCCUCAAUGUUUCCAUCUGAAGGCUUAGUUGUGAAUCAAUGA